GUAAAGUCGAAAGUCACCAAAGUCUAGUUUGUUCCAUAUCGUGAUAUGUUGUAAUUAAUUAAGAUCGUUCAUCAUUGUCAUAACUUAGUCGGAAUUAUGCAGACGCGAGGACCAUGCCGCGGUGUCGCCUCUGCCUCGAGCAGCACAAAGAACGCUUUAGCCGAUGCAAUUGCAGACAUUCGAUUCGCGCGUCAGCGUCGACGCAUGCUCGAUGACCAGACAGCGGGCUUGGGCUUUCCGCUUUUCGGCACAUCAAUCGCUUCUACCAAGGAACCUGUCACUCGAGACAAAGGUGGGCGUCCAACUUCGACAAUAUUAAAGGAUAGCAACGUCGAGGAGAACAGAACAAGGCAACGCAACUUGCGGUCACCUAAUUCGAAAAAUCAUUACUCUUUUCCUAGUUAUCCCCUCCAUGGCGACGCUGCUGCGUCGUUUUCCAGGCCGUGGAUGCGUGGCGCCACGAAUUCGGUGCGGAAAAGCCAAAGUGUCAAAAUUGUCAACAACGGGACCAAACCACGUUGGAAGACGGGUAAUUUUGAUCGUGAAGUCGAAAAAAUUUGGUGUGUCGGUCGCCCUCCACAGCCUGUGAUUGAGUCGCCGUUGCACGUGAGCAGUGGCAAAUCCGUUUUCGCUGGACGCCUAAAGAAAUCUAUGGAACCCCGAGAUGCAAUGCUAUUAUUUCUGGACCACCAUAAUGCUUGGUUGGAAUCUCAGAACAAGCAUGAAGAAAGCUCGUCUUCGAAGUCGAGUUCUAGACGGGGGCCAGAGAAUUGGGUCUCAAGAUCAAGUAGAAGUCCUCAAACUAAAGUCGUGGAAGUGGCACAGCAUCCAAUCCGUCCGGUGGAGGCUCUUGAUUUGUUGGCUUUUCUCGAGAAAAAUGCUGACUUUAAUCGCUCUAUGGAUGAAUGGAAGCAAUUUCUGAACGUGUUGGAACUGACUGCAAAACAGAAUGGCUGGCCAGCACCCAUUUUACAGCGAAUUUUUCUUCGGCUCGCUGCUCUGCGCAGCAAAGUUGGGGGUCUGGCCUUCUGGUCUAUGUGCGUACAAAAGCGCACUGAGUUCGGCGACACGGAGCGCGUGAAUAUGUUAUGGAGCCUCGCGAACGUCUCCCGGGCAAAGUUGCAUGUUCAGGAUCUGAGCGCGAUGCUGGAAGAUGUGGAUGUUUCCUUUUUUAGCUACGGCCAAAUGUACCGACUGCUUUUUGGUUUGGUCCGCAUCCAUUUUGGAGUGGGACAGUGCCCGGCUGAUCCGGCGGCUUUUCCGAAAAACUUCUCCAAACUGAUUGAAAAAUGCGCACCACGGAUGUUGGAGGUAUUGACCGAAAAAAGAUUACUUCUUGAAAAGGAAGCUCAUGGAACUAAUGCCCUUGCUUUCGCGGGUGUGUCUCCUAGGAGCAGAAACGAUCCUGAUAAUGAAGAUGACCUUGAGGACCACGAGGGUGGUCCGAACAAAACGGCGGCAGUUGGUGCGUCACCCAGCAAGAUGGUAAACGGUUCAAGUCUGAACUCAAAGUAUUCUUUUCGCCUGAUGGAGGUGUUUGGUCGCAGUGCAGUACAAGUUCCGUACAAACUGCACUACGGCUUUAUUUCCGUGCUGGAUAUUAACCUUGACGUAUACGAAUACGAGGAGUUGGGGACGAUUCUAGAUGUGUUUCGUUUCUGGUGUCAAGAUCCCGGGCACGGCAGCGUGCCGAAACUGUGGCUGCGUGCGAAGAAGCGCCGACCGUGGGAGCGGCGCCGGCCGCGGAAAGAAAAUUAUGGGAGUAUGAGUCGCGGCGCAAAGCACAUCUGGGAGUUUGUUUUCCGAGUAGAACGAGCAAUGAAAUUGCAGGAAAUGCGAACGGGGUGCACGCCACAUAAUGGCCGUAAUCUUCCAAUGUCAAACGCAAGUCGGGUGAAAAAGAGGUCUAGGGUAGUGCGUUUUCAGCGAGACGAUUCAGUUUCGGGUUCUGAAAGUUCGGAGGUACUAAAAGGUUCUGCAGCAUUGGAUGAAAGUCGUGUGUGGAAAACUAGAGGAAUUGACAACAAGGCGAGCGGCCAAACCAAGCCUCAGGAAGGUAGCAGAGACCGACGACGGGACAAUGAGUCCCAUGCAUGUGGAGACCGCUGCGGAAAGACUGCAUCGCAUAAAGCAGAGAAACGUAGGGAAAGCUCGUCCUUUGGCUCAACAGCGCCUGCAACAAGUUCUACACCAAGGAGCGUUGAAAAGAGAAUGGUACACAUAAGACAAAACUGCGAUGAGGAUGAAUUUUCUGACGAUCCCUGGGUGGAAGAAAAUGACGAAUACAAUGAGGACGACGGCAGGAACUUUGAUUGAAGUCGAAGUGCUUACAAAAUUAUAUUUGCAGGAUUUUGAAGAGUUGUAAGUCGCAAAGUUUUAGUAGGCUCGAUUUUUGGGACACGGAUACAGGCACCG